AUGGCAUUAGAAUAUCCAUCUUCAACGUUUAUAGGAAUUGAUAUAAAUUCUUCUUAUUUUCCUCUAAAUGAUAAAUGUCCUCCAAAUUCACAAUGGUCUGAGUUGAUCAAAGAUAUUGUCAGAGUUUUAAAAUAUGAUGGUUGGAUAGAAUCUUUAGAAGCAACUGCUCAAUUUAUAAAUUAUGGAAAGGUUACAAAAUGGAUAGAUGAAGCUGGUGUUAAUGUUCGAAUUAGUGCUUUGAUUCCAAAAAUGUUUGAGUCAAAUGAGGAACUUGCAAAUAUACAAUGCGUUAAAAUAAAAUAUCCAGUAGGCGAAUGGUUUGGAUGUUUUGGUAAAUACGCAA